GUCGUUAACGUGCUCCCUACAUGACAAUGCCCGCGGUGUGUGAGUAUAGUAAGACCUAGUGUGGCCUCUUGCAUAGAAGGUAGUGCAGAGUAAGAUUCAUAUUAGAUUAACUCGGCCAGGAUUAAAUCGACAACCUGCAGCACAACGUAGCCGGCGAUUUAACCGCAUUUUGAAUCCCUGCGAGUGGAGAUGUACCGACUACAAUUAGUAUCCCCACAAGGCUUCGAGCGUCAUCUCCUGAAUCAUGAAGCGAGGUGCUAGCCCAGGCCCUCGCAAUCACUUAACUAUAGCCCUUGUCGGACAUGUUUUUGUUUCGCCUUCCCCUUCUCUCCCUUCUUAUCCCUCUCUGAUGGUCUUUGUAGCCACUUUCCCCGUCAGUACCUGAAAUUAAAGAGUCAUGAAAGGCUUCGUGUCAUUCACUCUGGCCACCUUGGCUGGGGCAACCGCGGUGAUGAGUGCCCAGGAUGCCAGCGUUCAAACUGCAUCUCUGAAGCCUGCUGCGACCACAGUAUUCCCAACGGCAGCUACGCUGUUCCCUGCAGAGACGGUGCAAUUGACUGAUGAUGUUCUUGCGGAUGUUUCGUCAUCCAUCCAGAAUCCGAACAUCUCGGAUCUGUUCAAAUUCGCCAGUCACUCCAAUGCCUCAAGUCUCUCGAAGAGAGGUCCGCAUAAUUGCAAGUUAAUGCCCGGUGAUCUAUUCUGGCCUAUCGAUCUGGUCUGGGACAUCUUCGAUCUCCUCCUGGGUAAGCGACUGAUCAAGGCAGUGCCAUUGGCUGCAUACUGCUACCCUAACUGGGCGGAGUAUGACGCGGACAAGUGCGCAACUAUUACCUCUCAGUGGGCCACUUCUAAUCUUCACAUGGACGACCCAACUUCCAUUCAGUUGCCCCUUUACGAAGGCCGUUCCUGCAUGGCGCCUGGCUACAAUUAUACCGCCACCUGUGAAAUGGGUGGCUACCCCACGUAUGUUGUUAACGCUUCCAAUGUCGCUCAAAUUCAAUUGGCCGUCAACUUCGCCCGGAAUCUAAACCUUCGUCUGGUUGUGAAGAACACCGGCCAUGACUUCAAUGGCAAGGCAUCUGGUAAAGGCGCUCUGUCCAUCUGGACUCAUUGGUUGAAAGAUAAGACAUUCCUUCCCCAGUACAAGGCCGCCAGUGGGCAUGUCGGGCCGGCCAUAAAAGUUGGCGCUGGUGUUCAAGUCUGGGAAGCCUAUGAAUUUGCCAAGGCUCAUGAAGUUACCAUCAUUGGCGGAGAAGCUGUUACUGUCGGUCUUGGUGGUGGCUACACUGCAGGUGGUGGCCAUUCGCCCUUGAGCAGUCUGUAUGGCAUGGCUGCCGAUCAAGUUCUUGCCAUCGAAGUUGUCUUGGCGGACGGCCGCUUCGUCACUGCAACCGCCACCCAAAACUCGGACAUCUUCUGGAUGCUUCGUGGUGGUGGCGGUAGUACGAUUGGAGUUGUUACUUCUUUGACUAUUAAGGCUUACCCCAAACUGCCAACUACUUCGGUUACCUUCAACUUCACGAUCAACGACGCCCCCAAUGCCGAUGCGUUCUGGAAGGGCGUUGAGUCCUACUUGGACAAUUUUGAAGCCUUCGUUGACGCCGGUACCUACGGAUACUACUAUGUCGGCGCGUCGAAGCUUCUGAUUGGCACUGACGCCGGGUCGACUGACUACUACUUCCGCAUGGAAUCCUUCAUUGCACCGAAUAUGACCAUCGCCGAGACCAAGGCUUUGCUUGCUCCGUGGUUCAAGGUUCUGGAUAGCCAGAACAUCACCUAUACCCCAUGGUACAACCAUAAUGAUAACUUUCAUGACACUUGGGUUGUCGCCUUCCCUCAAGAAUUCGCCGGAGGUGCCGGCGUCAAAACGGCGUCGCGUCUGAUCCCCCGAAGCGUCUUCCAGAGCGACACUCUUCGCCAGCGUACCGCUGCUGCACACAAGGACGCUAUUGACAAUGACCUCUUCAUUGCCGGAUUCCACAUCUCCGGAACCGGAAAAGCCGUCCCCGCACCCACUGAUACUUCCGUCCUCCCCGCCUGGCGUAACGCCCUUGCCCAUGUCAUCGUUGGUAUUGAAUGGGCAACUGAUGCUUCUUGGGAGACUAUUCAUGACUCCUCCCUCUUCGUUACCAACUGGAUGGACGAGCUGCGCGACAUUGCCCCGGACUCCGGCGCUUACAUGAGCGAGGCUGACCUUCUCGAGCCCAAUCUGCAGGAGGCUUUCUAUGGAGCCCACUACCCGAGGCUGUACGCCUUGAAGCAGAAGUAUGACCCUACCGGUCUCUUCUAUGCUUUGACGGCCGUUGGUGCGGAGGACUGGGAGGUCAGGACCACCGAUCCUUUGCCGAGCUCGUGGAAUACCAACGGACGGCUUUGCCGUGUUUCUUCGUAGAGAAGAGGGGCGAUGAAAACAUAAUCUGGUAUUUUUUGUAACUAUCUAAUUAACAAUAGAAUACUUCGAC